CAAUGAAUGCUAACAUAUUAGUAGUAAGCUUUUGUAUGGCAUCCCUUAUCCAAUCCAAUUAUACUUCUAUCGCUUUUAAUACUCCAACAAUCAAUGACUUCAGUAACCGGUAUGUUGCUAUAUAUUGGUCAGAAGUUAAAAUAAUUAUUGUUGCGUAGUUACGCAAAUAAGGAAAUUUAAAGUUCCUUGAAAAAAUUGUGACAACUAAAUGGAUGCCUUACUAAAAUGUUUCUUUGACAAGUUCCUCGAGUUAGAGAGGAAUACUUUACAUGCCUGCUAUAGAAGAAAGGCAACUGUACAGUAUUUUAAUACUUUAAUUGAAGGAUGUUGUCGAGGAUCUGCAGGUGAUCCCCAAAAAAUAUGCAGAGAUGCCAUAAUGGCAAUAGUUCGUUUUCAUCACGUCCACAAGAACAAAAACGGAGGCGUAUGCCUGAUGGGAAAAUAUCACAAUAUCCUUUACGUUGGUCUCAAACUUUGCUACGAUUGGCAGUUGAAAGAUGCCGGGACUGUUGCCGCUCUUUUAGAUCAUAUUUAUGGAUGCGAAAAAACUUUCGAAAGAUUAUGGGUCGGAGCGAUUUUUGGAACGAGGGCUUCCCAUUUCAUUGCCGGUUGGAAAAGUGACUUCUCAGACCAAGAAGAAAAUCUUCGAGCAGUAGUUUAUUACUUGGAUCACGCGUCGACCGCAGGAUUAGAAUAUCAUUGUGAAAAUCGAAAUAUCCUCCAGCGGUUUAUCGAUGUUCCGAUAGAAUGUUGCGGGAGGGUUUCACCAGCAAAAAUACUGGUGCAAUACGGAGUACCUGAUAAACUUCAUAUUCUGCUUCGUUUUGGAGCAAUUGUAACAGGCGACGAAGGUGGUAAUGCUACUAUUGUGGAGUCCCUUCUUAACAGAUUAAAUGAAUUUAACCAUUCUUAUCCCUACAACUUGGUCGAUUGUUUAAUAUUUUUGCUGCGCGUUAUUCCAACUAUUAAUAUUAAACCAUUACCGGUAGAAGGAUACAAAGAAGGAGCAAAUGUACAAAGGGAUUACGUUUUGGAUCAUUUUCCAAAUCUUAUUGACGACGGUAUUAUUCCAAUAAACAGAUGCGGAAUUGAACCUCCCGAUUUGAAACAUUUAUGUAGAUGUCAAAUUAGACAUGUGUUGUGGCUCAAUUAUCAGCUGCCUUUCGGUACAAGAGUUUUACCAAUUCCAGAAGUCCUGCAGAGAUAUUUAGAUCUAAUGGAUUAACGAAUCAUCAAUUAUUAACGAAGAUCCGCAAUGGCGAUUUGUCUAUAUACAGGUUUGGCGAUUGCAAUAAUAUAAUACGUAUCUGCAUAUAAGUAAGUGUAUAUAAACAACAAUAUGUUUAAAAGAUGUACUUAAUAUUCUUUAUAUAAAAUAUAAAUAAUUUUAGCCGAAAGUUGGUUUGGGUCAGUUCUCUGUCAAAAACAUCAGACGAACUCUUUAGUUCUCAUCAGCACAUUGUAUGUAAUUUUCUACAAAACACCGAACAUCAAGUACUUCUUAGUCUGUUUGCUUAAGUGUCUGUUAUCUAGUAGCUACUACGCCGUGGGUUCAGUUUGUCGAUAAUAAGUAGGGAGGUAUUUUGCACAGAUGGCGUUCAUCACGCUGUCAUUACAUUUUUAUUGAACGCCUUUAAAUACUACAGGUAGAGUAGUCUGUGUUAUCUCUACUCAACCCUCUCCCCUUCCCCAAACUUCUCUCAUGUUCUCCCGGUAGAUAUAACUACCAGGUUGAUGUACCAACUCGAGGAGGGUUGUUAGUCGGUAGGCGCUCCAAUCAGGAGUGAAUACAACACCGCCCCCCCCCCUUUUGGAGGGUGUCUUUAGAAGAUUUCUCCUCCUCGAGGUUAAAAUAAAAGUGUUAUAUCGUAGCUGUCUACGGCGUGCUAAUGAAAUCCAAUGAAUUCGAAAUCGCAAUCUAUAUAUAGAAGUUUGAACAAAAUACUGUCCAUCAAGAACCUUUUCCUAUGAACGGCACAUCUC